AGAUUACAAAAAUAUUCAAACCUAACCUCACUUCUAUUUUCAUCCUAACCUCAAUUCACAAAUAUUUUUAUUAAUUAAAAUGAAAAAAUCUCUCCAUAACAUACAUAAUCUUCUAAAAAAGAAUUAUUCGACCGAUUUAAAAUGGAAAAGUGUAGUUGGAUUAGAAGUUCACGCUCAAAUCUCAUCGGAAAGUAAAUUAUUUUCAGGGGCCUCAAAUGAAUUUGCAAGCGCAGUCAACAAAAACGUAUCACUAUUUGAUUGUUCCAUUCCAGGAACUCUUCCCGUUUUAAACAAACGAUGUGUUGAAGCCGGAGUUUUAACCGGAAUAGCUUUAAAUUGUAAAAUAAAUCCGGUAAGCUAUUUUGACAGGAAACAUUAUUUUUAUGCUGAUUUACCUACGGGUUAUCAAAUAACCCAACAAAGAGCACCAUUAGCAAAUGAUGGUUACAUAGAAUUUCAUGUCUACACCCCUGGGGUUAAUAAAAAACCAUAUGAAACAAAAGCCCGCAUAAAACAAUUACAAUUAGAACAAGACAGUGGGAAGAGUUUACACGAAGAUACAAAGAGUUUGGUUGAUUUAAAUCGAGCUGGUUGUCCUUUAAUGGAAGUUGUUUUUGAGCCGGAUUUAAAAGAUGGCGAAGAAGCAGCUUCUUUAGUUAAAGAAUUAAUUACAAUUUUACAACGAAUCGAUACUUGUUCAUGUAAAAUGGAAGAAGGAGCUUUAAGAGUUGACGCAAACGUUUCCGUUCAUCUCCCAGGAGAGCCUUAUGGCGUUCGAACAGAAAUCAAAAACAUUGGGUCAAUUAGAGGAGUUGCAGGAGCUGUUAAAUAUGAAAUUAAUCGACAAAUUAAGAUUUUACAAGAUGGUGGAAACAUUAUUAAUGAAACUCGAGCUUGGGAUGCAAAUUCAAAAAGUACAGUAGCAAUGCGAGACAAAGAACAACAACAAGAUUAUCGAUACAUGCCAGAACCAAAUUUACCCCCUUUACACAUUGCUUUAGGUCCAGUUGAACAAGGUUGUGUUAAUGUCGAUAAAUUAAAAGAAAGUAUUCCUGAAUUACCCCAACAAACCAGAGAAAGAUUACAAGAGACUUUUGGAUUAACACUAGAACAAAGUGUUAUUUUAGUAAAUGAAUCAAAACUCUUAUAUAUUUUUGAGAGUGUUUUAGACCAAAGUAUUAGCCCUAAAUUGUUAACAAACUUACUGCUUAAUGAUUUACUCACAAUUAUAAACAAAGAAAAAUUAUCCUUGGAUGAAAUUAGCAUUUCUUUGAGUCAUCUAAAAGAAAUUGUCGUUUUGUUAUCAAACGGGGAAAUAAAUCGAAAUACGUGUAAAUUGCUUUUGGAGAGAGUCGUUCAAGGAGAUUCAGAUUCUCCAAAGAAUAUCGUCGAAAAAGAAGGGUGGAGUCAAAUAAAUGAUUUAGAAGAAAUUAAGGUGAUUUGUAAAAGGAUUUUGGAUGAAAAUCCUAAAAUGGUUAAACAAUAUCAUGAUGGUAAAGCGAAAGUUUUUAAAGCUUUCUUGGGAAUUGCUGAUUUAAAAAGUAAUCACCGGGUUAAUAUGAGUGUUGUUAAUAAUGUUAUGAAGGAAUUAUUAAAAAAGUAGUGUUUUAUUUAGUUGAAAAUGUAUAAAAGAAUGUUCUAAUAAAUUCUUAGAUUUG